GAGUCUGUAUCGUGUCCUGGCGGAAAAGAAGAAUGAAGGCUUCGCUUGUGUUGCUGCUUCUUGGGGCUCUUGGCUGUUGGGCUGUGGAGGUGAAGAGGCCUCGUGGGGUCUCGCUGUCCAACCGUGGUUUCUACGAUGAUUCCAAGCCGUUCACUUGUCUAGACGGAUCUCGGACCAUUCCCUUCGACAGAGUCAAUGACGAUUACUGUGACUGCGCCGAUGGGACCGAUGAACCUGGUACCUCGGCCUGUUCCAAUGGGAGAUUCCACUGCACCAACGCUGGCUACAAACCCCAGUAUAUCCCAUCGUCCCGCAUCAACGAUGGAAUCUGUGACUGCUGUGACACAACAGAUGAAUAUAACAGUGGAGUGGUGUGUGAGAAUACCUGCAGGGAAAUGGGCAGGAAAGCGCGAGAAGAGCUCCAGGUACAGGCAGAGACAGCCAGAGAAGGAUUUCGGGUGAAACAGUUGUUGAUUGAGGAAGCCAGGAAGGGACGAGAGGAAAAACAGACCAAGUUGCAAGAUAUGGUACAGAGUCGCCAGGCACUGCAGGCACAAGUGGAUUCUUUGCGCACAGAGAAAGAAGCAGCCGAACAACCUGAGCAAGAAGCAAAGGAUGCGCAUAAAAAGUCCUGGGAGGAGAGUAGAGAAGCAGAGAAGGUUGAAAUGGAUAAGCAGCGAUCACUGGAGGUCUUCACUGAGUUGGACCAGGACUCUGAUGGAAUGCUGGCUGGUGUUGAGCUGCUCUCUCACCCGGAGUUGGACGUGGAUGGAGAUGGUGCUAUGUCAGACCAAGAGGCUCAGUCUUUGCUUGGUGGCGCAUCUUCUGUGGAUGUCAGCAGUUUCCAGGAGUCUGUCUGGCCUCAGAUCCAAGAAAAAUACAAAUCAGAGACCGAUGCCCUGCCAGUGCCUCCUAUAGAGCAACCAACGGAGUCUCACCCAGAAGUCCCUGAAGAUGAUGAUGAUGAGGAAGAUGGAGAUGAUGGAGAAGAUGAUGAAGAGGAGGAACCUGAAGAGGACAUUAGGGUUCCACCCAGCAAGGCACAGGAAGCAGAACCAGAGAUGCCGCCUUAUGAUGAAACAACACAGGCUUUGAUUGAUGCUGCGCAGAAAGCUCGUUCCCAGUAUGAAGAAGCAGAGAAGUCUCUGCAUGAUAUGGAGGAUACUAUUAAGCGGUUGGAGAAGGAGAUUUCUUUAGAUUUUGGACCCAGUGGAGAAUUUUCUUACCUAUAUGGAGAAUGCUACGAGCUUUCGACAAGCGAGUACGUUUACAGUCUUUGCCCAUUUAAUCGUGUGACUCAGAAGCCAAAACAUGGAGGAUCUGAAACCAACCUUGGAUCAUGGGGAUCCUGGGCUGGACCAGAGGAUAACAAAUUCAGCAGUAUGAAGUAUGAGCAUGGCACAUCAUGUUGGCAAGGACCAAAUCGUUCAACACAGGUGAAGUUAUCAUGUGGGAAGGAUACAGUUGUGACCUCCACAUCAGAACCAAGCCGCUGCGAGUACCUGAUGGAGUUCUUUACCCCUGCGGCCUGCCACCCACCCCCUGAGGUCCUGCCGGGAGAUCAUGAUGAGCUUUGAUAGAGUAAAUCUAAGCUUAGGAUAUAGAAAUGAUGGCACCCCUUAUUGCCAACAGAAGGAGCCGCUCUCUUCUGGGACUUGAAGACAUGUGACCAGUAACAUGGAAACCCUCCCCUGCUUAAGAUAACUUCUCCAGAAGAGCAUCAUCUCUCUCUGAGCCAAUCACAUGCCGACACCUCACUCUCCUCCCACAGAAGGGGCAACCAGAAGACACAUUCCAUCCCUUAGCACUUUGCCUUUCCUUACGCUGUACAUAUUGCUGGCAAUGGCCUGUAAUGUUGUGUUUCGUUAAAUAAAAGAGUCUGACCUUUUA